CAAAGUGGGGGAAACAUGGCGAGCGAAGAGGAGGCCAGAAGACGCCCCUCGGUUCCCUCCUCUUCGGUUGGCCUGGAGUCUCUGUUCCCUGCGGGAUCUUCGGAGCAGGUGUGCGGGGACGAGGACCCGGAGCUCGUCCGCCUGCGGGAGCGUGUCCAGGGUUGGCUAUCGCAGUACGAGUCCCUGCUGCUGUGGUCGCAGAGGCUGCUGGUCUGGGAAAGGCCGUUGUACAGCAUCACCGUCGCCUUGACACUCAACACGCUUUUCUGGCUCCUGUCAUCCACCUCCCUGCGGCCUCUGUUCCUGCUGAGUGUGUCCCUUCUGGGACUUAUGCUCCUGGAGAGAUGGAAGCCCAAGUUGCCUAUCAUUACCGUUCAACUUGCAGAGACUCUCCCUGAACAACGUGACACAAUGGGUGUCGAGCCGCAUCUGCUCAGCAUUUCUGAGCUCAGCCACCACCUGGCUGAAAGCUACCUGACCUGCCGCCUGUGCUUGCAGGAGACGCUGCAGUACAAGCAACAAAACCAUGGCAAGUUCUGUGUGAUGAUGUGCGGUGGCUGUUUUGUACUUGUCGUGGUUGGGCAUUAUGUACCUGGGAUCAUGAUCUCCUAUAUUAUUGUCCUAAGCGUGCUGUUGUGGCCACUGGUGGUGUACAACGAACUGAUCCAGAGGAUGUACACGGGCUUUGAGCCGAUCCUGAUGAAACUGGACUACAGCAUGAAGGGAGACACCGAGCACCGCAAGCACGACAAGAGAAAGGUGAAGAAGGAGGGAGAGGAGGGGGACGAGUCGAGAGCUGAAACGGAGAGUGAGUGUGAGGAGGAGCUGUCCUGUUUCGCCCCAACGGUGGAUGUGAAGACCACAACUCUGGCGAUGGCCAUCACAGACUCCGAGUUGUCAGAUGAAGAGGCGUCCAUCUUAGAGAGCGGAGGGUUCUCGGUGUCCAGGGCCACCACUCCUCAACUCAUCGACGUCUCUGAAGUUUCCCCCCCCCGUCUCAUCUCUACCACAGACCCGAGUUUACACAGCGACCCGGAGGAGUCCUAUUUGCGGGAUCUCCCCGAGUUCCCCUCAGUGGCGGAGUUCCCGUCCGUCGAGCGCAGCCGGCUCCGCUUCCCCCUGCGAGUCGCCGGCCGGGCGGACGCCGCCCAGGCCGCUGCUCGAUCAGAGGGGGAACCGCUGAGCCCCGCCAGCCUCCUCUUCCAGCACCUCGCGUCUCCGCUCCACUUUGUGAACACGCACUUCAACGGACGCGGACGGCCACCCGGGGAUGAGGAGGGCGCGCUGCGAGCCCCCGGCGCGCCGGUCGAAGCGGGGAUGCGCGUGGCCGAGGAGAAGGAAGCUGCGGCAACCCAGGGAACCUUGGAGGCCUUGAGCGAGCAGAUCGUGAGCACGGCCAUCUCCGCUGUGGUGCAGAACACUCUGUCGGCCCUGCUGCGCGCCAGCGACGCCAGCGAGGAUCGCUCCCCGGCCGAGUCGCUCCCCGCUGAAACCCUGCCGGGCGCUCUGGACACCCCCGCCCCGCCCACCGACACCGCCGCUAACGCGCCGGGAGCCGACGAGGACCGGGACGAGGCGACGGCGGCAGGAAGCGGCACCUGCGAGGAGAUGCCCGACAACACGCUGGUUCCGACCGAGGAAGAGGACUUUGAGCUUCUGGAGCGGUGCGAUGAGGGGCUGGACCUCAUCUCUGACAGACAGGCAGUGGGAGGAGCCUCAGGAGCUCCAGAGACCCCUCCGUCUCCUCAGCGUCAACCACAGUCAUAGCUUCCCCGUCGCCUCCUCCUGGUCCCAACGGUCAUGUUUUUUUCAUUUCUAUGUAAAACUUAAAUUAUAUCCAUACAUCCUGCUAUAUAUUAUCAAAGAGUUUGGCAUACGGUUGAAAUAACUUGGUGCGUUCUGCUUUCGUGGCCUCUCCUUCCUCGUGUCUGUUCAGCCUUUGUCGAGUUCUUUUGUGGCCUGCCUCAUCGGGUUUAACAGUUAGAGAUGCAUUGUUUUCGUCAGGGGUUGCAAAGCAUUUUAUACGUGGUUUUCCUUUGUCACCUAACAUUGAAAGCGGCUUGAUGAGGUCGCAGGCCAAACUGCGUCGUGAAGAUGUGGCUAAUGUUCGGUCUCGCGUCAGAAUGAUGAUGAUGCCUUUAUUCUCAACCAUGGCUCGGCUUAAAGCUUCCACCUUGUGUUUGUCUAGAUGGUGUUCUAGAGAGUUGAAAUGUUGGAUUAUAUAACUAUUAAUAUAUGCUAUAAAUUAUUUAAUUUAACGAUCAGUCGAUGAAAGUUCAUAGUUCUAUUGAGGGGGGAGUUUAAUAGCUAAAUGAAUCCCCUCAGUCGCCCAUAAUGAUUGUAUGAUAAUUGUUUUAAUUAUGAACGUCCAGGUUUAAGAUGUAGUUGCGUGUUCCCAGAGUUAAAUCAAUAGAUAUCCGUCACUUCAUCCUCGCCUCCAAAGUCUCCACGGUAACGGUUUUGACAAACAUUCAGUCGUUGGUGGUCUUUCACUUGUUGCCUGGAAAUGGAAACGUAAUCUUCGACGUUGUUGGAUGUUGACGGGUGGUAGAUCUUUACCCAUACACACAAGUAUCGGGAAGAUUGAUGCCUCAUUUAUAUUCAUAUAUGCAGAAUUACUUUGAUGUCACAGCCCAGUCUGUAGUUGGCCCAUAUCUACAACUCUGAUGAAAGACACACACACCUUGUUUGAUUGGCCUGUCUGUAACUAUGUUAGUCAUCACUGGUUUAUUAAUAUUGACCAAAUAACCUCCUUUGUGCCGCGACAAGUCUGCAUGCCAUGCACCCCGCAUGUAUUUACCAUGAUCGAUAUUUGAAGUAAGUUUUCACAGGAGUGUUGCUUUUACCGGAGCAGAUUUAGUUUCUGUUUUCUCGAGAGACGAUAGUUUAAAGACAUCCGCGGAAAACCUUUUGUCGUGACGAAAAGAAAGCUUGCACUACGCUCGACGGUAUAAAAAAAGGUAGACUUUGCUUUUCUGAACCACUCGGCAUCCAAAUCUCAGGGGUGGGUUGUACAAAUAGAAUAUAACUUUGCAGAACGUGUGUCCAUUUCCCGACUUGUCGGAGUGCACUGUAUUCGUACUAACCUCGCCUCCUUUUUUUUUUCAGUCCACGCCUCCUUGUGUAUAGUGUAGAAAUGCUAAAAAUGGAACGUGUAUAUUCUGCAUGUAAAAACAGCACUCUGUUCAAGCUCUCCUUGUCAACCGACAAAGCACUGCACAAUUUGUGAGUUUGAAGUUAAAAGAGCCCAUUAAAUUCAGUUUGUUUAAAAUGUAAUUACCAACGAGGGCACGGCAAGUUUUGAUGUCUUAAUUUUGAAGACGACCCAACUGUAAAAGGAAAUGGGAGGCAAGUGAUGACAUCAGAUGAAGAGGGAUAUUAACGGACUAGUUUGUGUAUGGUAGUACUGUGUUUUAUGCUUAAAGUAUCGCUUCUUGAACUAUAAAAAAUAAUGCACUUACUGAACUGUACAAUUUGAAGAAAAGGAAUAUUUUCUAAUUUCUCCUUUUUCCAUAAAGUACUCAGUUUGAUCUUUUACAUCUAAAAACAUUACUGCUAUGGACGAGAUCCACGAAGCGGAAGAGAUUUAUUGUCGUUAAACUGGUAUAAAUAAUAAAAGUGCAACAUAACAUGUGAAAGUAAGAGAAUAAAAGAACAAACUGAAACUAA